AUGAAACACCCAUAUGAGGAUUACUCUUUGUUAGGUGUUAAUGCUAUUGAUUUGGCUAUUGAAGAGGCAAGGGAUGAUUUUGAAUUGAAUUUGCAUGAUGAUAACUACUUGCCUAUGCCUGUUGAACAUGAUUCUUCUGAGCUUGAUGAUGCCAUGUCUGCUUAUGAUGAGUAUUUCUCCUCCUCUCUUCCUUCUAUAUACUCUCUUUCUGAUACUUGUGAUAGCGACAUGAUAUAUUCUGAUUUUGAGAUUAGCAGUACCCUCUCCACUUCACAGGUUUAUACCUUUUCUCUCUGUGAUACUGACUCUGCUUUUGCAAGUGACCUUAGUUUGGGAAAGGAUUUGCUCCUUGAAUGUGCAGAUACUUUUAUGGAAUCUGAGAUUGUAGCUGAAAGUGAUAAUGUUGGCUCAACAGAGAGGCCAAUUCCAUCUAGUUCCCCUACUCAUGUCUUUGAUCAGCAACCAAGGCAAUCUUUACCUGAGGAUAAAGGGCAUUAUGAGAACACUUCACUUGCACUUUCUAAUCACUCUAUUAUUUCUCCUCAUACUUUGAAAUACUUGCAAGAUCUUGUUUCUAGUUGUGAUGCAGGUGUGAAGGAUGAAAAUCCCAAGUUUGUUGGUGCUAUAGGUCAACCUGAAGUUGACUCAACACUUGGGAAGGCCAAUGAGCAAAAGGUAGAUUCAAGGGAGCUGAAUCUAAGCUACCUAGUUGAGGCUACAAAAGGGAGUUCUCUUUGUUCUCUUAAACUCCCUAAGUUAAUCCCUUCUAUUGUUCAACCCCCGACCCUUGAACUGAAGUCUCUACCUUCUAAUCUUAAAUAUGCAUUUCUUGAGCAUGAUGAACACUUGCCUGUGAUUAUUUCAAAUGCUUUAUCCGCUGAUGAAGAGGCUAAGUUGCUUUGUGUGCUUAGGAAAAACAGAGAGGCGAUUGGGUGGACAUUAGCUGAUAUUCCUGGGAUCAGUCCAACUGUUUGUACCCAUAGGAUACUACUUACUGAGGACUCCAAACCUGUUAGACAGCCCCAGAGGCGUCUUAACCCAUUGAUCCUAGAUGUUGUGAGAAAAGAAGUCACCAAACUUUUGAGUGCAGGGAUCAUAUAUCCUAUUUCUGAUAGUGAGUGGGUUAGUCCGGUUCAGGUAGUACCUAAGAAGAGUGGGUUGACUGUAGUUAAAAAUGACAAUGAUGAGUUAAUCCCCACUAGGGUUCAAAAUUCGUGGCGGGUAUGCAUUGAUUAUAGGAGGCUUAAUGAAGCCACUAGGAAGGACCAUUUCCCGUUGCCUUUUAUUGAUCAGAUGUUAGAGAGAUUAGCGGGAAAGAGUCAUUACUGCUUCUUAGAUGGGUUCUCUGGAUACUUUCAAAUCCCUAUAGCUCCUGAGGAUCAAGAGAAGACCACUUUCACCUGCCCGUUUGGUACUUUUGCUUAUAGGAGGAUGCCUUUUGGUCUUUGUAAUGCUCCUGGUACUUUUCAGCGCUGCAUGAUGUCUAUAUUUUAUGAUUUUCUUGAGCAUUGCAUGGAUGUUUUUAUGGAUGAUUUUACAGUCUAUGGUGAGUCAUUUGAUGCUUGCUUAUCUAGUCUUGAUCAGAUCUUAGCUCGAUGCAUUGAGAAGAAGCUUGUUUUGAACUAUGAGAAAUGUCAUUUCAUGGUAACUCAAGGUAUCGUGCUAGGACAUGUGAUUUCUAAGAAUGGUAUUCAGGUUGACAAGGCAAAAGUUGAGGUUAUUUCUUCCUUGCCCUACCCUUCUUCACUUAAGGACUUAAGAUCCUUUUUGGGGCAUGUUGGUUUUUAUCGCAGAUUCAUAAAAGAUUUUAGCAAAAUAUCUUUGCCUUUGUCAAAGCUUCUUCAAAAAGAUGUUGACUUUGUUUUUGAUGAUAACUGUAAGCAUGCAUUUGAUGAACUGAGACAUAGACUGAUUACCCUCCUAUUCUGA